ACAGGCUAAUAAGUUCAUCACAGAGGGCCAUUUCUCAAGAGACUGCCCUCAGGGAGGCGGUGGCGGCACGCGAGGAUGCUACAACUGUGGUCAGGAAGGACACUCAUCUCGCGAUUGUACGGAGCCCAAGAAACUGAUCUGCCGGAACUGUAACGGAGAAGGUCACACGUCCAAAGAGUGCCCCGAGCCUAAGGACAUGUCUAAGGUCCAAUGCCGCAACUGCGAUGAGUAUGGUCAUGAUAGUCGAGGAUGCCCGAAGCCUCGCGACUAUAGCCGAGUCCAGUGCCAAAAUUGUGGAGAGUAUGGCCAUACCAAGGUUCGUUGCAAGAAAGAGACAGUGGCCCCCGACAACUUUGAUGAAGGCAACACUGGCGAUGGCGGGUUUACAGGAUUUAAGGGGGCUCCCGAACCGGCUUCAGAUGGCUGGAUGAAGGAGGCCAGUGCAAAUGCAACCACAGCCAAUGCGAAUGCAACCACUGCCAGUGGCGAUGGAUGGGGCGCUGGUGGAGCAGACUGGUAAAUGUCUCGAUGGGCCAUACUAUGGUUAUGAGAGGAUUUGAAGAAGACUCUGGGUCAUUUGCUAUCAUUGCCUCGUCAUCGAGAG